AGCCUGCAAGCAUGAUGAAACAAAAUAUCCAUGUGAUCAAUGUGGUCAUGUAGCAUCUUCACAAACUGGACUCAGAAAACAUAGAAGAAAAUUGCAAUGGAUAAGUUUGAUCAAAAUUCUGACCGAUUAAAGCUUAUAACGGAUUUGCAGAGUAUAGAUGCUGUUACUGAUGAUAAACAAUUAUUAAAGCAUAUAUUGAUUGAUAUUCUCAACCUGAGGAAUGAAAUGGAAGAUAACCUACUCCUGAUGAAUAAACAUAUUAUGAGAACUGAAACCAAUAUUGAUUUAAUUAAUAUAUUGUCAACUGCCCAGUAUCAUAUCGAUAGAAUUAACACAAUUUAUAAACUGGGAGAAUCCUGGCUGAAAGGUGGACCUCACUCUGCUCUCAUUUCUAUCAAAGUUGAUGGUUUGGUUCCUCCAAAGGUUGUGAAUGAUGCUAAAAUUGAACCGGAGGAAGGUGAUGCAGAUGCUGAGUCUGAGAAUGGAACAGAUGACGUGAAGAAAACAGCUGCUGUUGAAACUAGUCAAGUGCUUGAUCAGAAUCUUGUAGAAAAAGAGAAGAAAUCAGUUGAUCAGUGUCAUCACCGUAACUCUUCCUUCAAAAUAAACGUUACCGGGGAUAAUAAAGCUACAAAAUCUAUCAAGCAGAAAUCGAGAACUACUUAUGAAAGAGCUUGGAUGAGGUUUCGAAAUCACUUUAAAUGCUCAGAUGAAUUUGAAAGUAGAAUGCCAACUGAAGAGGAAUUUUUAUCUUAUUUUGGAUUUCUGAGAAAGGAAAAACAACAUUCUUCUUCAUCUCUUUGGACAAUAUUUAGCAUGCUUAACUCAGUGUGUAAGGGAAAAUAUGAAAUACCUCUUCAGACAUAUCCUAGACUGAGAUGCAUUAUUAAGUCCUACGAUGUGGACAUCAAGAAGAAGGCUUAUACAUUCACAAAUGAAGAAAUUGCGGAAUUUGUACAAAAUGAAUCUCUAUCAGGCGCCUACUGGCUUGUGCGGAAAGCAAUAGUGAUUCUAACCUAUUUUGGAGGACUACGACAUGCUGAAGUUAUGAGUUUGACAUUAGAAAAUAUUUGCUGCGAUCCAGAAGGUUUAAAUAUAUUUCAUCAACGAGGAAAUAAAAAAGCCAGUUUCUGUGUCCCCAAGGCUUCGACAGAAUCAGAUAUUGACUGGGCAUCCUAUGUUGAGGUCUAUCUGAGAAGAUUAAAGGAUGAUCUUGGAAAAUUCACGGGAAGAGUAUUUUGGACAGGAAGAGGAAAUGGUUUUGUAAAUCAACCUUUUGGUAAGAACAUGGUGACAGAAAUAUCUCAUGAGGUUGCCAAGAUCUUGGGUAAACCAAACAAAAGUGAUUUUACCUUCAACUCAUUCAGAAGAUCGUCCACCUCAACUACUCCCGAUAGUAGAACUUUAAGUCCUCAGUUCCAGGAGAACUCGGAUUAUUCUGUUGAUUCCAAAAUGAUGAAGAAUGAAGAUUCAAGAAGCUUAGAACAGAUGGAGACUGAUGAAGACAUGGUGAAAUCUGAAAAUAUAAAAGUAGAAAUCGAAGAGAUAGAGGAUACCAGCUCUAUUGAACCAAGUGAUAUCUUAGAUCAAGAACUCAUAGAGGAGGAAGAAGAAGAAGAAGAGAAGAAGCCAGUGGAAUGUUGUCCUCGUCACAAUUCUAAUGCUUCAAUGAACAUUAUCGGGGAUAAAGAAGUUACUGAAUCUAUCAAACAGAAGUCAAGACUUCUCUAUGGUAAAGCCUGGAUACGGUUUCGAAAUCACUUUAAAUGCUCAGAUGAAUUUGAAAGUAGAAUGCCAACUGAAGAGGAAUUUUUAUCUUAUUUUGGAUUUCUGAGAAAGGAAAAACAGCAUUCUUCUUCAUCUCUGUGGACAAUAUUUAGCAUGCUUAACUCAGUGUGUAAGGGAAAAUAUGGAAUACCUCUUCAGACAUAUCCUAGACUGAGAUCUAUUAUUAAAUCCUACGACGUUGAUGUUCGAAAGAAAGCUCAGAUAUUCACAAAUGAAGAAAUUGCUGAGUUUGUAAGCAAUGAAUCUUUAUCAGGUCCAUACUGGCUUGUGCGGAAAGCGCUAGUAGUAUUAACUUAUUUUGGAGGAUUACGACAUGCUGAAGUUAUGAAUUUGUCGCUUGAAAAUAUUAUAUCUGAUCCAGAGGGUAUAUUAGUUAUCUACCAACGAGGAAAUCAACAAGCCAGUUUCCGAGUGCCGAAGGCCUGGAUAGAUACAGAAAUUGACUGGGCAUCCUAUGUUGAGGUCUAUAUGAGAAGAUUGAAGGAUGAUCUGGGAAAAUUCACUGGAAGAGUAUUUUGGACAGGCAGAGGAAAGGGUUUCGUAAAUCUUCCUUUUGGAAAGAAUAUGGUGAAUGAAUUAUCUCAUGAGAUCGCCAAAAUCUUGGGUAAACCAAACCAAAGUGAUUUUACCUUCCACUCCUUCAGAAGAUCCUCUACUGUAGCAUCCAUUGAUACUGGAACUUCAGGUUUACUGUGCCAUGGGACUGGGAAAGCAGGAAGAUCUAACUCUCUAGAUACAGAUAUAAAGCUAGAAGCUGAUCCUCUUCAAAUAGAAUCAACAAUUUAAUCUUUAAGUCUUCAUUUAGAGAUAAGGACAAAAUUAAACUUGUUUUAUACAAAUGCUCUUUUGGUUAGAAUCUUAAUAUUUUUUAAAUGCUAAUAAAAACAAGAGUUUAAAAUGGUCUCUGUUUAAUACUCACAGAUUGUCUGGCAUCCUUUUCGUACUUCCUGGAAUUAAACCAAAUUGUUAUUAUUGUGAUUUUAUGUUGUGAUCUCAUUUUGUGAUAUUUAGUGCAUUAAGGAAUGCGGAUGAUGUCUUAACCUUUUGUUUGACUCCUUCCAAAUUCCCAAUAAAUCAGUUUAAUUGUUAAUGAAUAAAUUUGUGUCUCUUACAGAA